GAAAAAUUUCUGAGUUGUUGUUGGCGAAAAUUUUUUAAGUGCUGUAAAAAAUAUGCCAAUUUUCUAUGUGCUCAUCAUGUUGAAAUAAAUAUAUAUGUCCGCAUAAAAGCAACCAACCGAAAACAGAAAGCUCAUAAAACGUGUUUCACACAAACAGAGCCACUUAUAUAACUGUAGCAACUAUACCAAUUACUACUCUAACUAACUUUUCCAUUGUCGCCGUGCUACAAAGAAAAAUUUGCAAAAAUUGUUCGCCUCAAACAAGUCGCCUGCGGCCCCAACCACUACAGAAUGCAUCUCACCACAACGACCAACACCGUCGUCGCCAACAAUGCGGGCGCGACACAGAAUAGCAGCAACAAUACAAACAAUUCCAGUUCAAAUAAUAACGGCGGUAGCAACAAUAACAAUGCUACAAAUGGCAACAACAACAAUUCGAAUGAACAAAACACACCGCCAACGGCAGCUCAACUGCUAAAUGAAGCCUACACAAAGAUGACCUCGGACAUAUUGGCGGAGCGGACAUUAGGCGAUUUCCUCACCGAACAUCCGGGCGAGCUGAUACGCACCAGCAGUCCGCUGUUCGUGUGUACCGUACUGCCGCCGCAUUGGCGUUCCAACAAGACGCUGCCUGUCGCCUUCAAAGUUGUCUCGCUGGGCGAUAUCAUGGACGGCACUAUGGUGACGGUGCGCGCCGGUAAUGAUGAGAACUACUGUGCCGAAUUGCGGAAUUGUACGGCCGUUAUGAAGAAUCAAGUGGCGAAGUUCAAUGAUUUGAGAUUCGUCGGACGGAGUGGUAGAGGGAAGAGUUUUACACUCACAAUAACGGUAUCCACGAAUCCGCCACAUAUUGCCACCUACAACAAAGCAAUCAAAGUGACAGUGGAUGGACCGCGUGAACCGCGCUCAAAGACCAUGUUGUCGCUUUUAGGACAACAACAACAGUUCCACUUCGCAUUCGGACAACGACCGUUCCAUUUCUCAGCCGAUCCAUUAUCAGGCUUUCGCAUGCCACCAAUCGGAAAUUGUCAAAGUGCUGGCAAUACACACUGGGGUUAUGGCUCAGCAUCCGCUUACUCACCCUACUUAGCUGGUAGCGGACUUUCAUCCUGCACAACACCAACAUCGGCUCAAUUUAACAAUCCGGCUUUGGGCUUCACCUGCUCCUCCAAUGAUCAGUCCAACAAUCAGGACUUUACUGGCGGAACAAACCGGGAUUGUGUGCCAAUGCUUCCCGACUCCACGGCCACCGAUUUGGAUCAGCAUUUGAGCAAUUUGGUUGGCUCCACCACCGGACAGAUGACACAUCACAGCCUACUCGGCUCCAGCGGUCAAUCGGCGAUCUCUUCGACUGUCAACGGCGGCGUCGGCUCAAAUUCGAUACUGGUGCCACGCUAUCACCACACCAAUACCAACAACGAUUACAAUGUACACUCCAGUCAGAAUGGACCGCGCAGCUUGAGUGACUCCUCGCAGGCCGAAUCGCCGGUACAAGAAGAUCUACUCACCACGAAUACGCCCAAUUUGGGGGGCGGCGGUGCCGGCGCUGGCAGCGGCGGUGGUGGCGGUGCCAAUGGUACGAAUAACGGCACUGCCAAUGGCAGCAGCGGCGCCGGCGCUGGCAGCGGUUCCAACUCAUCCGCAGCGAAUAACACGCUCGUCGGCGCCAAUCAAAACUUUCCCGGACUGGUAAAUCAGACACAAAACCCGGCACAUUAUGGCAGCGGCAGCGGUGCGGGCGUCGGUGUUGGUGUGGGCGUAGGUGGUGGCGGUGCAGGCAGCGCUGGUGCUGGUUGUAAUGGUUCACUGUACCCCGUCUUGCCGGCUAGUCUGCUCUACUCACAACUCUACACGGCAGCCAAUCAGACACAUGGCUUUCACUCGCAUGCGCUGACACCGACACACGCCUCACCGAACUCAUCUGUGCACGGUGCCGAAUUGCAAAGCGUUAUGGAUCAUAUCAAUAAUGUCGGUGUGGGCGUGGGUGUAGGCGUACGUCAGCAGCACAACAUUAUGACGGGCGGCGGCGUGACGCAUCCCGGCGAUUUGACGCUGAUCGGCAACUGUGGCGCCUCGGUGCGUAAUAUUGAAGAUGGCAGCAAUACGCAGCGUCAGGUGGCUGCCUUGGCGGCACAUCGCGGACACCACACACCCACCGAUAAUGGGGGUAGCGUGUGGCGGCCAUAUUGAGGUCAGGUGCUCUGGUGCGGCUCGGCCGUCCUAUAGUGUUACGAGAACCUGGAGAGCGAGCGUGAGAACGCCGGCGGCACCAGUGAACCGACAAAAUAUUGGUAUGGCUGAGGGGCGAGUGUGGUGAGUUAUUACUUGGUGUGCUGUAUUGAGGAGUGAACGAGAGCUAGCGCAGCUUGCCACUCAAGAUUUGUGUAUAUUCUUAUGUAAAUAACUUAUUGGCCGACUUGAAGGUGAGCAAGUAACUUUUAAAUGUGACUUUGUAAACAUUUUAAUGCGUAAAGCAGAAAGAGAAAACUAGUCGAAUUUGUUUUAAAAUAUUAGCAUUAGCG